AUGGUCCAACAUGGAGGCACGUGUCUCUACAAAGAGGCGCGCUUGAACAUUGAGCCCGCCUACCCUGGCUCGACCAUCGCAUUUUCGAUCCCGUCGCAUUCUCCCUUCAGCACACGAUCCAGCGUAAAGCGCAGUGUAAUCACAGAGUCAUAUGCGGACAAGGACGAGGAAGACUUCACAAGGCGCCAUCUAGCUACAGAUGGGUCCAUGUACUUUCGGCAGCACCAUGCCUACCCGCGCAGCUUCCUCUGGCGGGUGCUGGACAACAGGAAGAUGCUCGAGAUCCAGGCGACCGACUUCGAUCACGACUACACCGACAAGUUCGAAGCAAACCUGACGCUCCUGUUCCAAUUCCCCGCCCCAAUCCGCCCCUUCUGCGUCGCUUUCGCUGAGCCCGCCGACCGCGAUGCAUUGACCGUCUUUGCAAUCACCACGGGCAACGAGCUCUACACGAUCACCCUGCACCGCGACUUCUUCGCCAACCCCGCAGCCUCGGAGCAGGACUCGGAGACGUGGUGCAAGAGGUUCGAGCCGGCGCUCUUCAGCGGGCGCAUACCCUACCGAUUGGCCGCCGCGAGCGCAGACGAACUGCUAGUCACACUCGACGACGGGGCCAUCUGUCGCUUGAUCUGGGACAAGGCCAACAACACCUGGGACGGAUCGCGGUACCAGCAGAGCAAUUGGUCGGUGCGCGGUCUCCUGUCGUGGAAAGCGCAGCCCACCGUUCGCUUCGAGAACGCGGACUUUGCUGUAUCAGCCGCGGCUGCCGUCGCGAUAUCACCAGACAGCAAACACAUCCUCUCAGUAUGCCUGGACCACUCGAUCAGAGCGUGGAACAUUGCGUCAGGCAAGCCAGGCGCGCACAUCGACCUCUUGGGUGCCGACGACUUCGCCAUGGAGAAGUCCCAUGGCUCAUACUCCAUUGGACCUUCGCAGUCGAUGCUGAUGGCUGUUGUGAACAUCCCAGGCGGGGUGGGAGGCGCACUAUACCACGUCGUUACGUACUCGCCAAAGCAGCAUCAGUUCAAGUUCUGGGGCGUAAGGGAUGCAGACGACCAAGAACACGGAUUCUACGACGCUGCGCAAGACUCGGACCUCAUUCCGCCGAUCGACGAACUUAUGAACACGACUGUAUGGACGCUGGAGGAGUUUCACAUCAUUCCAGGGCCUAACACCUGGAGGGGCUCAGAGAUCUGGAUACGCGCCAGGUCAGGUCCAAGUAGCAAAGUGUACUCCCUCAAAUUCGAUCUCACCGACUACGCCGAACAACGAACACAAACGUGGAAGAAUGAUUGGGUGUCUGUGGAUUCGGGUCCUCUGACCGUCGAGGCACUGAAGGUCAACCCCGCGAACCCAAGCGAGCGGGAGUUGGAACCGGAACAGGAUCUCUCUAAUGAAUGGUACGAGUUUCUGUUCUACCCAGGCCGAUUCUCGAUCGCGACAUUAGAAACCGCGUUACGCAUAUACAGAAGAGGCUUGGAGGGGAUACGGCACCGGUCAAAUCGAGUUCACAAAGGGUCACUAAAAGAACGUCUGGUUGCCACGCUUGUCGCCCUUGCCAUUGAACGCGGUCAUGGCGAAGACUUCAGCAAAGACCUAACAGCGGAGUGGCAGGCAUACUACGGCUUGGUGAAAGACUUGCACAAGCGGAGGGGAGAAUCGUUGUCACUCAGUUACGACCGGGCUACUGACAGGCCGUGGCUAGUGUUGAGCGACCACAUCUCUGCGAUUAGGAACUGCAGCGAGUCGGAAGUAACUACUCUGAACGCAGCAGUCAUCUCAGGAUCGCGUACCCUGAGCAAACCUCUACGGCAAACUCUGGAUACAUCGGAAUCUCGCGACGUGGCACGCCUACUGAAUGCCGCAGCUUCCUUCCGCCAACGACUACCGUACUUUGUCCAGCAAAAGGUCCAACGCCACAUGGAAAUGGACCUACUUCAGAGCCGGAACAUCACGAUUUUGGAUCGCAUGGAGUGGAUCGAAGGCAACAGCGAGCUUUCUCAGCAUGUGACCGAUGAGGACGUAACCACUCUAGUUGAAGAGCUCGGCAUGGAAGUCAAGGACCUGGGUACCGAGACUUUCCUCCGCACCAUCAGGAAACUGGACUACGAGCAUGACGGCAGGCCGCAGUCGAGAAAGCAAAUUGCACGAUACGGGCUGAAUGCGUUGUCGUGCGUUUCCAAGGAGACCUUGGAGAACGACCACAAUGCUUUGCUUGAUCUGCUUGUCCUGCUGCUGUUCAUGUUCAUUGAGCUAGAGGGCGAGACACAUGAGGAGUGGGAUGCGUCUGAGGUGUUUGCCGAGCUUCUACUGCGGUAUAAGGACUGCAUGGUCGUUUCUUGGUUGGCCCGUACAGUGUGGUCUCACCAGACUGGAACAGGCUUAGCAUCCGACAAUCUCAACCGCAUGUUGAGCGAGACAUACAAGACUGGUAUGAAGCUACCCAUCACCCAGACAGUCCUCGAGGGAAUCUACGGAAGUCGUGCCUUUGAGGUGCCACUACCAAAAGACCCGAAGGCGGGUCUACUUACCCACUGGAGUCGCGGCUGGUUGUCAUUCAUAUUCGAAGAACACGACUUUGAAAACGCUGUAGAGGAUAUGAUGGGGAUACUUUUGUAUCAGCAAGAGUACGAACUUGCUAAGGACUUUUCCAAGUUCCUCACGGAAGGCCACUGGGCGUCAUAUCUGAAGGGACGACUGUACCUUGCACUAGGCAACAAAGAGCUUGCUUCUGUGUGCUUCCAGAAGCCUGCAUACUAUCUGGCUCUCGGUCCUAUGUUCGACGUGGCGGAAGAAGACAAAGCAAACCUCAUAUCCGAAGUGGAGCGAAACUCGUUCUCCGAAGGCCUGGCGCACUAUUACAGUCAUGUCAUUGGUCUGUUCGAGAAGGCCAAAGCAUACUCCUACGUUGCCGACUUUGCGAAGCUGGGGCUGCGAUCUUUGAUGGGUCAGGAAGACGUGGAGUUGAAGACGGACCUGCUCCAACGGCUGUUCACCGCUUCGAUACAAACAUCCAGAUUCAACGAUGCAUACGGUGCGCUGAUCAGGCAUCGGGACACGGCCUUGAAGCUUUCCGACCUGCAGACGCUCAUCACAUCCAUGGUAGCCCAAUCGCAGACUACGGAGCUUCUCAAGUUCCCCUUCGUCGGACUAACAGAUUCGGUGGACAACAUCCUCACAUCCCUCUGCCAAAAGACACUCAACAUCGCAUCCGGACCGCCCUACCACCAGAUACUCUACUCCUUCCGCAUCUCCCGCAACAACUUCCGCGGCGCCGCAUCGAUUCUCCACGAGCGCCUCCGGCGCCUCAAGACAACAUCAACCAAGAUCCACGACCCAGCCGACGAGUCCCUCACACAGUGCUACCUCAUGAUCAUCAACACCUUAUCAUCAGUCAGCAAAGAAGACGCCUACAUCCUAGCCGAGCAGCGCAUUGAAGCGACCGGAGGCCCGCCGCAGUGGGGCAUCGGCCAGGGAAAGAAGCUACUUAGACGGCAGAUCAUCACCCUGGAUACCCUGAGGAAGGAGUAUCAGGCGGAGCUGGACAGGAUCGCGGCGAUUGAGAGUGGUCAGUUUCCUUUUGUGGAUCCGGUGGAUGAUAUGGAUAUCUUGUAG